AUGAAUUUAUUUAUCCUUGCGGUUCUAUUUUGCAGUGCUACUGCCGCCGUCGUCCAUGGUGAUGAAUUUGAUGAUGAUGAUGACUUCUCCUUUAGAGAAGAAAGCCUACAUCCUCCUAUCUACCAAUCUGACUAUAAAAUAGUUGGUGUUCGAAUAACGCCAACAAAUUAUGGCGGCAUUAAGAAACCUUUUACACUGUGGUUGUCAUCACGACGAGGAAAAAGUCGAACUGACUACUAUCAUGGUGUAAGUACAACUAUUAUUCGAAGAGACGAUGGCCCGUUUGGUAGUGCUUAUAAAAUUAUGCCAAUCACAACUGAAACUCAAUAUAAUGUAAAGUCUUGUGUCGCUAUUCAUGGCCGACCUCGUCACCCUUACCGGCCCCAGACGGCGAUUCCAUCACUGGUUAAUAUUUUUCGUAAAAGCGGAGAAAUUCAAUGCGGUAAUGAAAAAUGCAACAUUUGGUCAUUUAGUUAUAAAAUGUUGGGUCGAAUUUAUCUUUACGACUAUUAUGUAACACAAGGUCCUCAUCCAAAACCAGUUCGUUUUCGAAAACGUUGUUAUGAUAUUCUCUUACAUCGGUAUUAUUCCUACUAUACUAUAGAGAUUAAGUCAUUUCAGUUAGGAACAAUCCCAGAUUCAAUAUUUGAUUUAAAUGGUACACAUUGUGGUGGUUUUCCUAAACAUCAAUUACAAUUAUUUGAUGCGGACAUAGAAGACUUUCCAUUGCAAACACAACCCAGUUUAUCCGAAUUAUACAAUGAUCCAAGUGGUAAUUUAUUUAGUCAAUUUAUACUACAACAUAACAAGAAAUACCAUAGUUGGUUUGAAAGGCGUCAUCGUGAAAUUAACUUUCUUAAUAAUGUCCAAUACAUUAACGAUGUUAACCAACAAGGGAAAAGCUACACCUUGGCUAUUAAUCCUAUGGCAGAUAUGACUGAGAAAGAAUUAACUAAUAUGAGAGGACGUUUAAGGCGAUUUUAUCAUGCUACAAAGAAUUAUAUACCUUGGAAAUAUGAUCCACACGAAAAACCACUAGAAAGUAUCGAUUGGAGAAAGAAAGGCGCUGUAACUCCCAUUAAAUAUCAAGCUCACUGUGGUUCCUGUUUUGCUUUUAGUGCAGUAACACCAAUUGAAAGUGCUCUCUUUCGCCAAACCGGUCGAUUAAUACCAUUAUCCGAGCAGAGUAUUAUCGAUUGCUCAUGGGGAUAUGGUAACUAUGCAUGUAAUGGCGGUAUGGAAUAUGCUGCCUAUCAAUUCGUAACCAAACAUGGCAUUCCAUCGGCUAAAUGCUAUGGUCCUUAUUUGGCAUCGCCAGGUUAUUGCCAUCUUUUAAAUUGUACUCAUCGAGUUCGGUUAGACGGCUAUUCUAUAGUCUUGCCAUCAGGUAACGUCUCUGCAGUUCGGUUAGCCGUUUCAAAAAUUGGCCCAAUAUCCAUCGCUUUUAAUGUUCAUUCACUUUCUUUCCACUUCUAUUCAUCGGGCAUUUUUGAAGAUCCAACUUGCUACAAUGAUAUACAUCAUAUUAAUCAUGCCCUUAAUUUAGUUGGAUAUGGUAAAUUAGGUAAUGAACAUUAUUGGAUAAUAAGAAACUCAUGGUCAGAACACUGGGGAGAAAAUGGCUAUAUGAGAAUGAAAUCGACAAAUGCUAAUGAAUGUGCAGUAGCUACAUUUGCUACAUUCCCUGUCUUGAAAAAAGAUGGUAUUUAG